CACUCACCGUUGUGUCCCAGUUUUCAUGACGUCAACGCGAAUGGCGUGUUUAACUUUCUCAUUUUACGGACGUUUCCUCGUCGCCAUCACUCCAAAACUCCGCCGAGCUGUCAGGUAGGCGACUUUAUAGCAUAAAAAUUAUAUUACCCACAUUAUUAAUAUGAUAUUUGUCAUUGUCUGCAGACUGUUUUGCAGGGGAGCCUGUUGUUGUUGUCGUUGACCGAGCUAAGUGAGAAGCUAGCAUCACACGGGUUUUAUCCUGCCACCGGGGUCGUUGGCUGUUGCACUUGCUAAAACAGGAGAAAAGUAAACCGUGAUUUCGCUGUUGUUGUCCGAACUCUGUGGAAGAGACAGGAAGUCCUCUCAACCUGCUGCCGAACCGACACCUGGAUAAAGACGUGGGUUUUUCACCUCAGAGCCUCAUAUCCCAGGUGAUUGUAGACAGGCGCGUGCUUCGAACUGUGUAGCACUUUGGACAUGACAGUGCCCAGGAACACCAACUCAGACCUGAUCACCAAGCGUCAGCGUUGGACUCACUAGUGCAGCUGCGGCUGAAUGGGAGCAAAUCCCCGCAGCCAGGCUCCACAAGCUGUGUAGAGAUGGUGCAGUUAGAGCAGUAUAGCAUUGCCCAUGGUUUCUUCAGUCACUUGUAGCUGUAAUGUUCAGCUCUCCGCAUACUUCUUUCAUAGCUAGACUUAAAAGCUAGUGUUGGUAAGCUUGAAGAAAGGAAACCAUGCUCCGCUGCAGGAGGUGUCGGAGAGGCAUCAUAGACUCAUCGUGUUUGGCCAGGGUUGAGGCCACAGAUGAAAGCUCAGCUGCUGUUUGCAGUAUUUGGCACGUGAAUGUUGACUCGCUGCCAGAGUGGAUACUGACCUCACUUCACCAGGCCCAGUGGACUGUAGGAAAACUGAACUGCCAGAACUGCAGAGCUCGUUUGGGUGGCUUCAACUUCAUUAAUCGCAGUAAGUGUCCCUGUGGCCGGGACGCCACAGUCCACCUCAACAAAAGCCGCGUGGAUCUUGACCACAAGCGCUACGUUUUCAUCGUCCAGCCGAGGAGGACGAGGCCUGAGAAGGGACAGGCUGGUCGGCCCAAAAACAGCACUCAGAAUAAUGAGAGGCCUGAGUUUAACAGGACUGCACUGGACAGUUUGCAGCUUAAUUGUGCUGCUGUCAUGUCCCACACCAGCCAUGCACAGGACUCAAAUUCACUGACUGACAGUGAAAACACCCAGUCAUUUCCUCUCAGCCCUCUGUACUGCAUCUCUAAUAGGAGAAGGCGUAAUUUGGAAGAUGAUGCCACCUUCAGGUCUUCAUGUUUUUGCCCUUCAGGUCUUAUGAACAGGUCUGCUGUUGAUUUGACAAGGGCAGGGACAGAUGAGUUGACACAGUCACCUAUCUCAUAUCCCACAAGUCAGCAGGUUGACACAGAUGGUGAAGCCUUAGUGGAUGCUGCUGCCUUGCGUUCAUUUGUUUCUGGGGGGAGACGGUUACCUCUGGAUCAGCAGCUGCUGCAAACUGCGGAAGAUGUCGAGUCCUCUGUAGAGUCCACAGCUGUCCACGAGGAGGUUUCUGAUUCGACCGUUUUCCUCAGAGGAAGAACUGUUUCUGACAUUGUAGCUGAGCAGGAAGAGGAGAUGGUGAUUCAAGCCCCUAUGGCCUCCCCAGCCCUGAACAGCUUGAGCAAAACAGAGAAGAAUCAUUUGAAGAGUCUUCAGAGGAAACAGAGGAGGAGACAGCGAUGGCUGCUGGAGCAGGCUGAGAGUAUGAGUGGGUCACUGUUGGACAGUGAGGAGGAGGACAGAGAGGGCUUCACCUGCGCCGUGUGUCUUGACGUCUACUUCAGUCCGUACAGCUGUCAGCCCUGUGGUCACGUCUUCUGCGAGCCGUGCCUUCGCAGGCUUGCCAAGAACCGACCGUCGAACACACCCUGCCCUCUCUGCCGCACCCUGAUCUCACACACCAAAUUCCACAAAGAGCUCAACCAGACUGCAAAGACCUUCUUCCCAAAAGUCUACUACGCUCGCAAGCAGAACUUCCAGAGUGCCCCGUGUGCAAAAUGGCCUCUGCCCAGCUGUCGCAAGUGCCUCCCUACCUUCUGGGGGUAUCGGAGACAGACAGCAACAGCAAGGAGGCGCUGGCACUUCGCCCACGGAGGCUUCACGAUUGACACUUUGGAUCUCACGGACAUGUGGGGCUGGCUCUUGGACAUUGGCCUGGUUAUCGUCUGCAUCCACUCAGUCAACUGGAUCCUGGCUUUCCUGUUCCUCUGUUUCCUCCUGUACUACUACUACUUUUGAACACGAGUUUGCAGUGCAGGUUUAUCUUAGUCUUCUUUUUCUUUAAAGAAAUGUGCAUUUUUCCUGUUAUUUCAGGAAUCCUGCAGGAUUCCGAAUAUUUGCAGGUUUGAAAUUUGAACAAAUGCAGUGGCUUCCCUUCCAUUAUAAGACUUAAGCCUCAAUUAUAUUCCCUUGCACAUGGACGCGUAGUUGUUCUUAUUAUACUACUUUCUAGUCCGCUUGGAGUCUACUUGGUGCAGACAAUGCGUAGUUGGUGCCCUUGUAGCAUAGUGGCAGCGUGGACUUUGCAUGUUUACACCAAAUCGGAGGGUACACAGAAGUCCACACAGAGCCUCGCAUACACCCUCUGAUCGCUCGGACCGUAGCGGAUCCUAUCGUACUUGCAGAUAUGGAAAGUGUAAGACUAGCCUCAGGCAAGCUAUGGUUGUGGCUGUUUUCCAGGGUGAGAACACGUUAACUCAACCUAAUUAGUAUGGAAAAGAUAGAAAUGUUAUUUCAUUCUAAGCACGGGAGAUGCCUAUUUCUUUUUCCUCUGAUGAUGGCGGAAUACUUAAAAAUAGCUGAAAAGAGAGAGAAAAGUGGUACCUAGUGAACUACUAAGGACAAUAUCUUGUUCAUUUUGAUAAUGACUUCUCGCUUGAUUUUCACUUUAUUCUGCUACGAAAAUGAUUGUAUUGAUCGAUGGUAAUGAUAUGAUUGAAGCAAGAAUUGGGUUUCAACUCUAACCCUAACCGCAAUGUCUGAUAUGAGAGGCCUGGUGUCUAGCAAGCAGUAGCUUGUCCAUUUUUGGCCUUGAGCUCAUGACGAGAGAGGUAGGCUGUCGGCCAUCCUGUGUGAGACAGAAGAAACAUAGCAAUACACAGACACAGAGGGUUAACCAAUGAACGAGUUCCGCUAUUACCGUGUUCUCAGGUACCGUGUUCUCGGCAACUGACAUACCUCCCUCAGGCACUGCAACUACGCUGAAUGAACGGUAGAGACUAUGCCGAGAGUUCUGAAAACGUAGGUUUAAAUAAAGUGGGGGUUGUCUUAUAUUUCAGAACUAGACAAUUACUUGUACAUUUAUUAUAACAGAUAUUAUUUUUGAAUGGAGAGAGUACCCGUGUAACUCCUGACUUCAACAGUGUUGUAUUAUGGGUUAUUUGUAGCCUUAUUAUGUUGCUAAGCUAGUGAGUGUCGAUAGUCUGUUUACAGUGAGUCUUUCAGAGUUAAUCAGCACUAAAAGCCAAGACUUACAUCAGAACGUCAACGCUGUUAACGCCGUCAGACGGCUAAGGGAGGAUGAGGAAAUUACUGUUCAGAUCCAUUCACCAUCAGUCUUGUUUUACCAAUGUUAUUUUUUAUGGUGCACAAAAAUGUGAAGGGUUACUUCAGGACACAGCGCUCACUUCAUCGGUGAGCGUAUUUGUUUCUCUUUUCUUCUUGCUAAUGUCUGACUGUACUGUGAAAAACAACAACCUGUGUGGUGUUUUGUGUGUUGUGUUUGUAAUGAUAAUGGUCCAAAAUGUUGCUCAAAGGACCUGACCAACUAAAUAGACAAUCAAAAAUCAAAAUAAUGGUUGUGUUUAUCGGACUAAAAAAUAAAAAACACACAGGAUGCAUUUUGACACUUUUGCCCUGGAUAUUUAAAGAAAUAGUUUAACAUUUUGGGGAAAUGUGUUGUUCUCCUUCUCUCUGAGAAUUAGAUGAGAAGAUCAAUAUGAUCUCAUGGCUGUUUGAAGUACGGAGCUGGAGCCAUGAGGCGAUUAGCCUAGCGCAGUUUGAAGACUGAAAGCAGGGAGAAACAGCUAUGUUGGUUCUCUCCAAAGGUAAAAAAAACACACCAGCUGGCACCUCCACAGAUGAAACAAACAAGAUGCAAAGUGUUAGUGAGCCUUGGAAGUGUUAGUAGGUGUAUAUUUUAGUUUAACACAGAUACUCGUUUCCCCCUGCUUUCAGUCUUUAUGCUAAAUUAGAUUAAACACCGCCUGACUCCUGCUCAGUCCUAAUGCACAGACAUGGGAAUAAUAAUAAUCUUCUCAUCUAAUUCUCUUGAAUAAGGCAAAUGAGUUUUUAGUCCCAAAAUGUUGAACUAUCCCUUUAAUGUAUGAGUCAAACUGGCACUUUACUGAAAAAACAAGGGAGUCAGCAAUAAACACAUGUGAAAAUUA